AUGCGUUGCUCUCUCCUUGUCGCCACGAUUCUACCUCUUGCUCAGGGAAUCCGCAUUAUCCAGAGCAACGACGAUGGUUGGGCCGAAAUUAACAUCAGGACCUUCUUCAACACUUUGAACGCUGCUGGUCACCAGGUAGUACUGAGUAGUCCAGCUGAGAACCAGUCUGGCUCAGGUUCUUCUGAUGCUACCCCGGAGACCGUGAACUCUGAUGGUUGCGAAUUUUCCUCCUGCCCUGGUGGAAGCCCAGCGACCGGUGCUAAUGCCACCGACCGGCGCUUGAACUACGUCAAUUCCUACCCCGUCACUGCCAUCAAGACUGGCAUUUCGACUAGCGCGCCCAAGCUCUGGAAUGGAGCUGCUCCUGAACUCGCCCUCACAGGCCCUAACGUUGGCAGCAACGUCGAUGUCCAAGUUCCCUUCUCCGGAACCGUCGGAGCAGCGGUCUACGCUGCAAAGACCGCAAAGAUCCCAGCAAUCGCCUUCUCUGGCUCGAGUGGCAACCCAACAGCAUGGAACCAGCCCACUCCACUGUACAGUAGUGUCUACGCCGACCUUGCUCUCAAUAUCACAUCCACCAUCAUCAGCUCCGGAAAGCCAUACCUGCCCGACAACACCUGGCUCAACGUUAACUUCCCGGCUGUAUCCAGCACUAAGUGCAACAACGUCAACCAGUUCAAGUUUAUCUUCACUCGCAUCCACAGUGGUCUCAUUGGUAGUGCUGCCGAUAUCACCGUUUGUGGAACUACCGCGAGGCUGCCGUGGGAGGCAGAUGUUGCUGUUCUCCGGGCUAGCGACUGCUAUGUCUCCAUCUCGCCUGGUGACGCGAAUGAUAAGACGACCGCUCCCGCUGCUCAGCAGCAGAUCAUCUACGAUAAGCUGAAGCCAAUUCUGUCGUGCUUGUCGUAG